AUGAACGAAGAGCUAUUGGGUAGUGCCGUGAGCUUCCUCCGUGAUCCCGGAGUGGCAUCCUCGCCGCUUAACAAGAAAAUCGAGUUUUUGCAAUCGAAGGGACUAAACGAACAGGAGAUCGAAGAAGCCAUGAAACGAGCAAACUCUGAUGAACCCCACACGCAAUCACAACAACCGCAGCAACACAACCCGCCAAAGACUUACCAAAGUGCAAUUCUGCAGCACGGUCAUACCCAACAACCUCCAUUACCCUACGACUACUAUGCUGUAGCGCCACAGGUUCCUGAAAGAGGCUGGAAGGAUUAUUUCAUCAUGGCCACUGCUACAGCUGGUGUCACGUACGGCAUUUAUCAGGUCUUCUCCCGCUACUUGCUUCCCAGCAUCAUUCCUCCCGGUCAGUCUCGGGUAGACCAAGACAAGGAGAAGAUAGAUGAGGAGUUCGUGAAGAUUGACAAGGUGCUCGAGCAAAUGGCCCUCGAACAGAAGGAAAUCAAAACAGCCAACGAGGCUAAGCUCAAAGACAUUGACGAGGUGAUCACCAGCGUCAAUGACUUUUUGUCGCGCUACAAUAAGGAUAAGAUUAAGUUUGAUGAUGACUUGCGUUUGAUGAAGCUAGAAGUGGACAGUUUGCAGAAUACCAUCGAGAAGAACUUGAAAUUGACUAAGGAGAAUAUGCACAGCGAGCUUGAGGACAUCGUAGAUGAGUUAAGCUCUCUCAAAAACCUCAUCAAGGCGCGCGCCGGCUCCUCUACCGGCACGGAAAGAAAGGUGGUUCCUGUCUCUUCUAUUCCUAAGGCAUCUGACAUCCUCAAGAAAGUCAAGUCAAAUGCAUCUGGUGCUCAGCAGCCACCAGCAUCGGCACAAACACCAACUUCUCAAAGCUCUGCAGCUCCAGAAGCACCACACUCGUCUGAGUCCAAACAAACUCCCACUGAAGCUGCUUCUAGCUCACCUGAUCAGAACGGAAGGGGCCCUAGUGUGAUGAAGGAUGGUGUUUUUGCAGCAGGAAUCCCAGAUUGGCAACUUGCACACAAAAAGAGAGAGGAGGCGGCAGAAAGACAGGCGAGAUUCACCAAGUCAGAAGACUCGAGUCUGUUGGCUGAUGACGAUAAAGCUGUCGAGGAGUCCAUCAAGAAGGUAGGUGUGCCCGCUUGGCAAUUGGCUGCGGGUAAUUAA